AAAAGUAUAGGAGACUUUAGGGAUUAUAAGAAAUGGGAAGUUUUCAAACCAAGGACAAAAGCCAACCAAAAGACAAAGUGGUUGAAGUGUUGAAGUACAACGUAAGGUUUCUUCAAGGUGAGGUGAAUGAAAUAAUGUGUAUGAGGGAACAUGAGAGUCAAGUUAAUGCACAAGAGAUGAUCAUAUUUGCAUUGAAAGAAGGAGAAUGGAAGAAGGAAAAGAAGAAGCUAAAAGAGGAAGUGAAGAAGUUGAAGAAAAAAUUGGAAGAAAAAGAAGAAGAAGAAGAAGAAGAGAAGUGUAAAGGAAUAGAGAAUUUGAGUGUUAAAGAAGAUAAAGAGUGGCAUCAAUUAGCAACAAGUUAUUUGUUAGAGCAAAUUAGGAAUGAAGAAGCUAGAAGAGAUGAAGCAAUUGAGAAAUGGAAACAACUUUAUUUUGCUAUCAAGAUUGAGCUUGAUGAACUUAUUCAUAGGACAAAUCAAGGAAGAGGACUAUGUUGGAAAACAGAACAAAUGGAAUUAUUAGAGGAGAUGCAUAGAGAGUUGAAAGAAAAAGAGGAAAAAAUUGCACUUCUAAAAGAGGAAAUAGCUUCAAAGGAACAACAAGAACUCAAGAGAGAAAGGGAAGUUGACAUUUUAAGGCAAAGUUUGAAAAUCAUGAGCUAUAAUAUGAAAGCAACAAACUUUUCUAAGAAUCUUUCAAAAAGCUUGCAUAUGUAAAAGGUAGUACUAGUUUUUUUUUUUCCACCCAAUGUUCAUUAUCUGCAUUGGAGCGCGAUUCAGCAUAAAGUGAAAUUAGAACUCCUUGUCAAGAUAUUCACUAUACUCAUAGCUUGAAUCUUGAGACCUGGAAGAACGAUUUUAUCUAUUAGUCAAAGAUCUAGGUAGUAAUGAUACUAUUGGUUAGUAGAAUAUAGAACUAGUGGUAGUCCUCU